GUACACCGCUCCCCAUCUUCCUAUGGAGGAGCGGGUCCCGCCUACUGGGGAAGGCAACGAUGACCCUCCUCCUUGGCUACAACCAAACCCACGGCCACUUCCGCUCCCACCCGGCCGGUCAGAAACUUAUGUUGUCCAAAUCCCUAGAGAUCAGGUCUAUCGUGUUCCGCCUCCUGAAAAUGCAAGGAUCGUCGAAAGCCAUCACAAACCACACGAAAAGAAAAGGCAAGGCAUCGGUGGUUGUUGCUGCUGGGCAUUCGUGGGCUUUGCCCUGGUACUCGCGGUGGUCACCAUCACCCUAGUGGUCAUUCAUGCAUUAUUCAACCCCAAAUCUCCUCAAUUCUCCAUAACUAACCUUGAGGUGAAGAAUACAAAAUCUUCUCAUCUUCAUGCUCAUCAUCCUUCGGACCUUGAAUUUGUAAUUUCUAUCACAGCUAAGAAUCCUAAUGAAAAAAUGGGUACUAUUUCUUACAAAAGUGGUGGAGCCUCCUCAAUUUCUUUCAAGCAGCAUGUAUUUGCAGCAGGAGAGUAUCCAUCAUUCUCCCAAGAAGCCAACAACUCAACCCUCGUUCAUGUAAUCCUAGCAGGCUCCAAGGAGGCAUUGCCUCGUGAGAUCGAGAAGAGCAUGAAUGGCACAAAGUCUAAAACACCAGUCUCUCUAGCUAUGGCAAUCAACGUGCCAAUAAAGAUUACAAGUUUGGUGAUAACGUUGAACAAGGAGUUGAACUUGAACGUCAUGUGUGAUUUUAAGGCAAAUACAUUGGCAAAGGGUACGAAGAUUUUAUCUCAAGAAUGUCACAACAAAACCUAG